UCCCAUUUCCAUGCUCCUCUGUUCCCCCGCCCUGAGGCGUGCGUGGGCCAGUCAGGCAUUCCGCAACUCGUAGGCAGCCAUCGACAUGCCCAGAAACGUCCAACUCGAACACCUCGUUCUCGCCCCGUUCCGCGAGACUGCCGGGAAGGCCAGGACAGCGCUCGACAAUGCCGAGUCUGCUGAGGAGCACGAUGGAGAUGUGGCCCGCGCAAUGCAGCGCGCCGCGCGGGGCUUGCUAAGCAAAGCCGAGCGUGCAUUGAAAAAGAUUGAGCCGCUUUGCGAGAGGUUCACAGGCGAGUAUGGACCGGCCUUUGUGGAUGCUGUCAAGGACAAUGGAGAUAUUGCGAAGCACAGAAAACAGCUUAACGACCUGCUAUGGGACUUUGAUGACUAUAUGGAAGUUGAUAGCUAUGACGAGGAGAUGUAUAACGAGCUGGCUGCCCAGCUGAGGGCGGCAGCCCUGAAAAUUGCGGAUGUGUUAGUGACCAUGAAGGUGGAGCGGCCGCCGGCUUCGGCAGCAUUGCCGGCGAUUGAGGAGGAGACAGGGAAGCCUGAGACACCUGAACCCGCUAUGGUCAGAGAGCAGAAUGAUGGGCAUACUGCUGCUGAGACAAGCGUUGGGCCAACUGAGAGGCUGGAAACUACAGCGGAGGCCAACGCACAGUUGAAGGAACUCGUGGCUUCGAAGGUAGAGCAACCCAUCGAAACGAUCCGCCCGGAGGAUAUACCCCGUGAGCCGGGCGCUAAUCCGUGGGAGACUACUGAACCUGCACCGGACCUCGAGACGGCGGAGGAAUCAGAACGUCGACCGCCCAUUCAGAAAAGGGGCGACCUUGACCUAGUAUCGCCCCUGACAACGGAUAAUAACGCUUUCGGGCUGAUGUUCUCUCUCCGAGACAGAUCGGACAGCCAAGCACCCCCCCAGAGCCCUUCAAUCCGCAGUCGCUCCUCGUUCCACUCUACCACCGAGCAGACCGUGACACGCCACAGCCAGGGCUCUUUCGGAUCGCCCAUCGCUUCAAGGCCUGCUUCUGGGCAGCCCUUUGCACAGGGAUCUGCCGGGUCUCCAGCAGCUUCAAGGUUGAGCCUCACGCCGGUGACUUCUCACUCAUCAAAUUGCCGACCAGGGUCGCUGUCUAGCCAGCAGCCGGGUCUCGAGGUUGUCCACUCCCCGAAGGGUGAUGAUGGUCCAAUUCCGAUCAUGCCAGAGUCGACGGAGCCAGACUCUGCCAGUGAAGCACCCCAAGGACUCAACUGCAAUAUUGACCGUUACAGUUCAUUUGCGCACUUUGGGAAAUUCUGUCAAGGUGCCAGAGAGGCCCUCCGCACUGGUGAAUUCGGCGUUAGGAAGAACAACAAAAAGGGGACGGCGGUCGCCAAAUGCAACUACUGCUACUAUGAAGUAGACGCGCGACUUCUCGAUGCCGACGACAACCGCCUUGAAUCUAACUACCCCUCCUCUUCAAUCUCCAUCCGAGCCCGCUUCCUCGCCAAAUCCCAUCUACCCUCCCGGCAACCCUCCGACCGGAUCUACGGCUGCCACUUCUGCAUUUUUGCUGGAAAAACACCCCGACCGAGUGACGCGACCGUGUUCUUCUCGCAGACGGAGCUCUGCGCGCACAUGGCGCGGCACCCACGGCCGCUGCCGCAGAUCCCCGCCCUCAAAGUAGUCGUCGGCACGGACGGCGUCCCAGAAGACAACAACAACAAUAAUAACAGGCAUCAUGACUAUGAUGUCCGCUUCACCCGCCCGCAUCCGAUCCCCUCGGCCGUUCCCGACGAGUACCUGACGCCGUCAGCCAACCUGCCCAGUGCGGUUGCCGCCGAAUCGUUCAGGAUGACGGUCUACGGGCUGCGGACCCCGCCCGACCGGGCCGAGGUGCUGCAGUUCGUCGUCGGCCAGAAAAUCGUCGGCAUCGAGUUCCCCCCGCAAUACGAAGGCCAGUGGGCGGCCGGCUGGGCCGACGAUGAGAGGGGUGUUUUCCCGCUCGAGUACGUCCGGCUUGUGCCGCCAGCGACUCACAGGGAAGGAGAUGGCGGGAUGAGGGUCAGUUGGAGCAGUGGAAGUGGCAGUGGGAGCGGUGGUGGUACAGGUGGCGGGGGGGACAUGUCCGCUGUGACGAGGUGGAAGUUUAAUCCGUCCACCAUGGAGAAGGGGAAAGGUGGUGGGGGCGACGGGGAGAAGUGGUUGAAAUUUGGGAAAGGGGAGGUCAUUACGGGGAUUAGCUUCCCGUACGAGGAACACUGGUGCUGGUCCGGCAGGAAUGCAAAGGGGAAACGCGGCAUCUUUCCCCGGGCGUUUAUCCGGCCCAAGUCUCUUCGUGGGCCGUCGGAAGAGGGCUCGACGAUCGAUGAACCCGGGGGAAAAAGCAGCAGUGUCUGGUCGUGGAGGCCGAAGAAGGGGCGCGGCACACCCACGAGCCCCGUGGAGGAGCUGACCCUUGGCAGGAGGCCGUCACGGGCGAGUUAUUAUUGAUCGGGGUGUCGGAAUUCGUUGGACCAAUUUGAUGGGCAGAUUUGUGCUCUAACGUACGGAUAGGAUUUCCGUGUAUCACUGGGCAUCGUCAGUUGAUUAAGAU